CCAAGCUGGCCCAUCAUGGAUUACGCACAUCGCCAAACAGUGCCGUCGAACCAAAGGUUCGCGGAGGCGGCACCGGAGGGCGAUGCCGUCGCCACUCGUCGCAAAAUGUCCGCUGAGGAAAUAAGGGCGGUGAGCAAGCGACUCUUCCGGCGCUCUACGCUCCUGGACGCCCACAGUGCCGCUGCCGCCUCAGAGAUGGCGGCCGCAGAAGACUCGUCUUCCGACGAAGACCCGCCACCGCCUCGCGUCGUCGGCGUACAGGUGGUGCCCGAAGGUCCCAUCUACGAGCUGCCUCCACCCCCGCGCAAGGUUCCCCCGCCACCCCCGGUCAGAAGAGACUCCCUACUGGCACCACCAGGAGAGUCCCUCUUGCCUCCGCCUUCCCUGGAGCUGUUCACCUCUGACGACGAAGACAACCGAUCACCGGCGGCGACUCCGGAUUUUCCUCUGCCGCCUAAGAAGCUUCCAAAGCCGCACGUCGGUCUCACCGGAACGACGACAGCCGCGGCUGACGAAGAAGCGCAUCCGUGGCGACGUAGCGUCGCUGAGAUCACUGCGGAUGCAUCGGCGGCGACGCCGUCCGAGCGCCGUCCUACCAGACCCGGGGUAGUCCACUUCGCCCCCGUGGCUCCCACUGUCGUGCUCCUUCCCCUGAGUCCCGAAGACGUCAGCAGUCCGCGAAAGAAGUCGGCCACACUGGGGAACUUCUUGGACACCCACGAGACCAGCUGGAAGUUCACGCCGGGCCACCGGACUGUGACAGCCAGUGGAGCGCCAGCUGGAGAUCAAGCAAUGGCGCCCGGCGCGCCGCGCAAAGACAGCAAGGAAGAACUGAUGACGUCAUCUUCUGACACCGAUGAUUUAGAAGACCUCCCACCUCCGCCACAGCCAGAAUGUGGCACUGAGGACUCCACGGAUUCUAGCGAAAACAUCUACGAAGACAUCGGACCAUCCCGCACACCGAUAGAGGGUCAGCGAUCCCCGGUAGAGGGUCAGCGAUCCCCGCAGAUCAGCGUCGCGACCCUGUCUCUUGUACGACCGCACAAGACCAAGAAGUUUGCCCGCUCUCUGCAGGACGCGCUGAGUGCUCAUUUGGAUGCGUCCAAAGCGAGAAUGGUCGAGCUCCAGGAAGAAGGGAAGAAUGCCAUCGACACGCCAGGAAGUCCGACACUGCCGGAAUUGCCGCCGCAGGAUUAUGUCCUUGACGAAAUGGAAGAAAGGGCUAUGAUUGAACCACCAUCCUACGAAGACCCAAAGUUUAAGGAACUGAUCGCUGUACUCAUUGAAUGGAUCAAUGAUGAACUUGCCAGCCAUCGAAUCAUUGUGAAGGAUAUCGAAGAGGAUCUCUUUGAUGGACAGGUUUUACAAAAACUUCUUGAAAAGCUGAGUGGGAAGAAGCUCGAUGUUGUCGAAGUGACUCAGUCAGAAGAAGGUCAAAAACAGAAACUGAAAACUGUUGUGGACUGUGCAAACCAGGUACUUGGACUUCCAAAGUGGGGCCAGUACAAGUGGAGUGUAGAAAGCAUCCACCAAAAAAAUGUGGUAUCCAUUAUUCACCUAUUGGUUGCUCUGGCUCGACACUUCCGAGCACCAGUAAGAUUGCCUGAAAAUGUGGUCGUGAACGUCGUCGUUGUUCAGAAACGGAAUGGGAUCCUGCACCCAAGAACUGUUCAGGAGGAGCUGACAUCAACAUAUGAUGACCUUGGCAUGCGAGUUGAACGAGAUGCAUUUGAUACAUUGUUCGACCAUGCUCCUGACAAGCUGCAAGUUGUGAAAAAGUCACUCAUGAGCUUUGUGAACAAGCACCUUAACAAGAUCAACCUUGAAGUCUCAGAUUUGGACACACAGUUUCAGGAUGGCAUCUACCUGGUUCUUCUCAUGGGCCUUGUUGAAGGGUACUUUGUACCCCUGUACUCAUUUUUCCCGACACCUUCAACGUUCGACCAGAAAGUUCACAAUGUGUCCUUUUCAUUUACUCUCAUGACGGACGCCGGUCCCAAACCCAAGGCAAGACCAGAAGAUUUGGUAAACGCUGACCUCAAGUCCACGUUGAGGGUGCUCUACAACCUGUUCACAAAGUACAAAGACACAUGAGUUCCCUUUGGCCAGAAACAAGUGGUGGUUCUGUGCUUCUGGAGGCCUCACACUGCCAGGAAGAUUGCAUUUACCUUUAAAUACUUGUUAAGUGUUUACCCUAAAGUGCCUUUAAGAAAUCCGCUAGUAGCAAGCAUGAAGCACUGACUACCAAAUGGGUUAUGCAUUGUUAGAUUGAAAUUAAUAUGUUCACGCAGGGUUUGCCUAUGAAGCAAUCACAAAGGAAGGUGCAUAGGUACAUUUGUACAUAACCAGCAAGUAAAAUGAGCUAUUUAUUUACAUGCUUUUAGUCACUGACGAAAUCAGUGUUGCUUUCUUUAUGCUAAUUGUGUCUGCAAUGUUUUUUUGUGUUGUUUCUGUAGAAAGCUGGCCUACAAUAAAUUGCUCUUCUCCUUGUUCUAGUUGAUAAA